UAAUAGUGAUAGUAAUCGUAAUAAUAACUUAGAUUCACAACAGAAACGUCGAAUAAAUAGAUUACAAAUGCCCGAAAUUUUAUCUCAUCGACUUAGUUCAUCACUGACAUCAUUGUACAAACAAAUAUUAUCAUUGGAUUUUAAUAAUACAAAUUCAUCAUUUCUUCCAACUAUUUCCGUAAAUGACAGUGAAAAAUUUCCUAAUGUAUUUAAUUCCGUUCAAGAAUAUUAUAAUACAUUUAAAACACAUCUCUUUCUUGAAUGUUGGCAACACCUAAUUAAUUCAAAAGAAGAAAUUGAUGAGAUAAAUAAACUUGCAUUUAGGCUAUCUUCAAUCGUAAUGGUUGAUGACUUUGUAGAAGUUCAAUUAAUUCCUCUAAAAAUAGAUUUAUCAUUUAAAAAAUUCGCAGAAAAUGAUCUCAUACAUGUAACUCAAAUAGUUUCGGAUCAAACAUAUUCUUCUAAAGAUUUCCUAGCAUUAAUCACGAGAAUCACAUUUGAAAACAAUAAUAAGGCAAGGAUGAAAUUAAAAUGCCAUUUCAAAAAUGAUCCAAAAAAUAUAAAAUCAUGUUUAGGUGUUGAUAAAGAUGAAGCGUUAAUAUCAUUUCCAAGUUUCGCCUCCAAAGAUUUUAUUCUUAAACCUAUAGAAAAUGAAUCAAUAAUUACUUUUAAUAAUGAUGAUCUCAUUCAGUAUCAAAAUAUUUAUGUAGUCAAUAGUUCACAGGCUUAUGCAAUUUUAAGAAUUGUCAAUAAUGAAUCCGGUUUUUCAUUAAUUCAAGGUUCACCAGGAACAGGAAAAACAAGAACUAUUAUUGGUUUAAUUUCAGCCCUUUUGAAUAGAAAUCCAAAAGGAAAGAUCUUGGCUUGUGCUCCAAGUAAUGUUGCUGUUGAUGAAUUGGUGAAAAAAUUAGAAAGUUUUAAUGUUGUCAGGAUUGGAUCUUCAGAUGCUGUUUGUAAUAAUGUCAAACAAAAAACUUUGGAUUAUUUAGCUGAAAAGAUUCUUAUGAACAAUUCAACUAGUUCAGCAAGACAAGAAGUAUUAUUAAAUGCAAACGUUAUAUGUUCAACAUUAGUAGAUAGUGGUCAUGAAAUGUUAAAUAUUUUCAAAGAAUUUGAUUGUGUGAUUAUAGAUGAAGCUACUCAGGCAACCGAACUUAGUACUUUGAUUCCACUCAAAUUUAAUCCAAAAAGAUGUAUAUUGGUUGGUGAUUCUAAUCAAUUACCUUUAACAGUUGUUUCACAUGUUCCUACUCAAUACUUCUAUGAAAAAAGUCUCUUUGCUAGAAUUAAAAAUAAUUUAAAAAAUAAAAAUUCUAUUAUUUUACUUGACACUCAGUAUAGAAUGCAUCCUUUAAUUAGUGAAUUUCCAAGAUCUCAUUUUUAUAAUAAUCUUUUGAAAGAUUCCCAAGAAAUUUUAACUGAUUCAUUUAGACAAUGGCAUAGCAACAUUUUAUUCCCUCCUUAUAGAUUUUAUAAUAUAAGUCAAAAUGAAAUGGAAAAAUAUUCUAUUUAUGACCCUAUUGAAGCAAGAAUUAUAGCCUGUGCUUACAAAAGAUUAAAUUUAGAUUUUCCUGAUAUAAAAGAUGCAAAACUCAAAAGAGAAUUUAAAAAAGUUAAGGAUUCAUUACCUUUCGAAAUGAAAAUACCUGAAAUCAAUACGGUGGAUGGAUUUCAAGGAAGAGAAAAAGAAAUAAUAUUAUUCUCAUGUGUUAGUGCUAGUGAAGAUAAAAACAUAGGAUUUCUUCGAGAUAUCCGUAGAAUGAAUAUCGCUCUUACACGUGCAAAACGUUCCCUUUGGAUUUUUGGAUCACAGAAAUCUUUAAUACAUAAUAAAGUAUGGGAAUCAUUAAUUAAUGAUGCAAAGGCAAGAGGCAUAUCUGAGGAAUUCUUUUCAAACAAUAUAUUAAUUGUAGAUAAUAACGCAUCAAAAGAACGUGAUGAUAAUAAACAAUUUUCGACAAGAUUAUCGAAAAAUGAUGUCCGAAGUCAAGAUCACAAGAAAAUGUAUUCUAAUAAAUCUCAUUCUUCAGAUUCAUUGGAUCAUCACAAUAGAACCCGAUCAAGGGAACGUAGUAAGAAUUCCACUGAACAAUAUGAUGAAUCUCUGGAUCAUCCUUACUAUAGCAGACGACACAAUCUUGAUUAUACACCCCUUUUGAGAAGAGAAAUAAGUCCAUCGCGUGAUUUAUCACCUAGAUCACCACCUGGCCGACGACAAAAGUAUAAUAAACUUGAUUAUACACCCCUUAUGAGAAGAGAAAUAAGUCCAUCUCGUGAUUUAUCGCCUAGUAUUCAAAAGCGUCGUGAACCUGAUUUAUCGCCAGUCAGAGAAAGUAUUUUUUCAUCACGUGUUAAAUUAAAUUCAUCAAGUGAUUCAUCGCCAAUCGCUAUAAGAAAUUUACCACGUGAUUUGUCACCAAUUCCUAGAGAAGAAAGAUAUCAUAGAAUAAGUCGUUCUCGAAGACGUUCAAAAUCACCAAUUGAUUAUGUUCCUGAAGAGAAACAUAAAGAAUUCUUCCGAUCAACUAAUAGGGAAUUUAGAUCUAGGUCAACCAGUAGAGAACCAAGGUCUAGAUCACACAGUAGGUAUAAGGAUUACCCAGAACACUAUCCCUUUAACAACUAG